AUGGACCUCCUUUUAUACUUACUUAGCUUUUUGUUGCUAAUUUUAUUUACUUUGAUUUACCUUUAUUGUAGAAACCAGUAUUGCUAUUAAGUAGAAGAGAAGUAAUUUUUUGAAGGAGAAAAUAUAAAAAAGACAGAACAAGAUUAAAUUAUAUAGGAACAAGCAAAGAAGCAAUAUAUUAAAGGAGAAAAUAUAAUAAAGAUUGAACAAGAAAAAUUUAGAUAGGAAGAAAUAUAACAAGAAGAAAUAUAUGAAAAAAAGAAUUUAAAGCAAUAAAAGUAAAUUAUUAAAUAACAAUUAUAACCUAUAAUCUAAUAAACAUCUAUAUAAAAACAAAUUAUUAAAUAACCAAUUAAACAAUAUAUAUAAAAAUUAAAUUCAGAAAUGAAUAAAUUAGAUAAUAAUAUUAUUGCUACUUAUAAUUAAAAGUAAUUCUAAAAACAUUAAAAUUAAUAAUAAUUAUUAAAAAAAUUAAAAGAUUAAGGUGAAGUAAAAGAAAUACCUCAUGUAAAAUAGAAUAUUGAAGUUUCAAAUCCUGAAUUAGCACUUUAUGUUUUAAAAGAAUCAUAAUUAAGAGAUUAAAAUAGAGAAUUAUUAUAAACUAGCAAAUAAUAUUCAUUUGGAUUUGAUUCAAUUACAGGAGUAUAUGGUUCAGAUUAAUCUUGUUUAAAAGUUAGAAAUACAAAUCUUGAUUAUGAUACAAUUGUGAAUGACAAUUAAUUAUUAGAAAAACAUUUAAUAGAAUUUAAAUAAAAACUAUCAAAUUCACUUAAUAUAUCAAUUGAUUAAAUUGAAAUUUUAGGAGUAUCAAAAAAAAGAGGCCUUGAAAUUAAUGUUUAAAUUACAGGAAAAAAUUCAGAUGAUAUUUAAUAAGAGAUUAAAAAUAAUCAAGAUGAAUAGAAUUUCUUAAACAAAUAUUGUAAUGGGAAAAUUGAAUAUUUAACAUAUUUCGAUUAAGUAAGAGCUGCUGGAGGAAAUUAGGCAAAAAACUCUACAGAAGUAAUACUUUCUCCUGAUGAUUUUAAUCCUAAAUUCAAUAGGACUUGGGACAAUUUUCCUGAAAAAGAAUAGAGAGGACCUCCUUAUCAUAGAUACGAUUAUUAUUUUCCAAUAGGUUGUUAAGGAUUUGGCUUAAAUGUAGAAAAAUAUGGAAAUGAUGAUUGGAUAAAAAUGGAUGGAAAUCCUAAUGAAUGGAGAAUUUUGUAUCAUGGUACUAAAAAUUUUGCUAUUAGCUAAAUUGUUAAAAAUAAUUUAGUACCAGGGUGUGGAUAAGCUCAUGCUAAUGAUUAAUGUAAAGACGAAUUUGGAAAUACAGUUUUUGUUGGGAAUGGAAUUUAUUUUUCUGAUAAAUUAUCAGUUUGUGUUUAUGAUGGAAAUGAGUAUGCUCCGUUUACUUAAGUUGGUGAUAAAUAAUUUGCUGUUAUCUUUAUGUCAAGAGUAAAUCCAAAAAAAAUUAGAUAAAGUGAUUUAAUGAAGUCACUUAAUUAUUUUGUUGUUAAUGAGUCAAAAGAUGUCAGACCAUAUAGAAUACUAUUACACGAAAAAAAAGAAGAAUGA